UAAAAAAUCCUAGAAAUUCUACAAAUGCUUUAGCUGUAUGUAAUUGGUGUAUAACUAAACAUGGUGGUUUAGGAGCAGCUCAAGCUAAAUCUGAAUGUUAUACUGCAAAUAGAGCGCGCCUUUAUCGUAGUCAUUUAGCGAAAUGUCUAAAUUUUCGUGAAUAUAAUACCAAUGAAGAGGUGCAAAGAAUUUUAUCUUUACCGGUGCCAGAAGAUAAAAAAAAGCGUAAAUUUCUUUCAGCAAAAUUUAAUGAUAAUCGAACAAAUGUAACAAGAACUAAUGGUGUUCCAAAUAUACCAGCAAAUAAAAAAUCAACUUAUCGAGGUGGUGGCCGAAAACUUCCUGAUGAUAUUGCUGAUAUAAUUAAUGACUCAGAAUUUUGGACUACAUU